AUGCCCGCCCAGACAAACGGAACCGAUGCUAAUGCGCCGAUAUGUUGGGUUACGAACCCUCAAGUGGGCCAGCCUGCCCAGUUUAUGCUCGGCCCAAACGUGUACAGUGUGAUCGUCGUGACCACCCAGCAUAUGCAGAUCAUAUGCGGUGGACUCGCACUUCUAAUCUUCCUUUUGCUAGUGAAAUUGAUGACGAAA